AUGGGCACCAGUGGUGAAGAAGGCUCUGGCAAGAAAGACAAUGAAACCACAAAUAUCGACUCCAAUUCACCUUAUUACCUGCAUGCGUCUGAUUAUCCCAGACAAAUGCAAGUGAAUGACAUUCUAACUGAUAGCAAUUACAGCGAUUGGUCACAGGAGAUGACAAAUUUCCUGUAUGCAAAGAACAAGAUGGGAUUUGGGAAUGAAACCAUCGAGAAACCAGAAGAAAACGUUGUUGAAUACUUGAUGUGGAUGAGGUGUGAUGCCAUGAUCAAAGGAUGGCUCACCACAACAAUGGAGAAAGGCAUCAGAUACAGCGUGAAGUAUGCCUCCACAUCAACAGAAAUAUGGGCAUAUCUCAAGGAACGUUUUGGAAAGGAGAGCGCCCCUCGUGCUUAUGAACUAAAGAGAACACUAGCUAUUACAUACCAAGAUGGAGCUUCCUUUUCUGCCUACUACACUAAGAUGAGAAGUGUAUGGGACGAGAUUCAAUCAGUGUGCCCUCUGCCCCCGUGCACAUGUGGAAAAUGCUCCUGUAAUAUUGGGAAAAGAUUGACUGAGUCUAAAGAAAAGGAAAGAUUGUAUGAAUUUCUUUUGGGACUGGAUGAUGGUUUUUUGACUGUCAGGACUCAAAUCCUCACAUCGAAACCUACACCAACACUUGGAGAAGCUUACCAUCUCGUCGCUGAAUAUGAAUAG